AUGCCUUCUGCUACAAAUUCUGCAGAUGCAGGUGAAGUAGCGUCAUCAUCUGAGGCUUCUGGUGAUCCUGAGGCUCCACCUCCACCAAAGCGUAAAUCAUUUUUCCUCUUCGGUGGAUUUUUUCAAAGAAUUCUCCAACGCUGGUCAGGUCAACAACAGCCCAGUGGACCCGUAUAUGCUGGACCAGAUUUUCCAUUCCUUGCGCCGUUUGCGUAUCGCCCAAUUGCUUACGGAGUGCCUGCUAUUUAUUUGCCCAAUUCUCCAUAUGUACCAUCUUCUGGACAACCACAGCAGCAACAUCAACAAAAUCAAGAAAAUAAAAUAAUCAUCUUGCAUACAGGACAAGUUGGCCAACUAAGUUCCUAUUCACAUACGCUUCCAUAUCAUUCAUAUCCACCAUCUAUUGCGCCUGCACAACCACAUGUGCCCACUACUCUGCCAAACGUUGGACAGCAAUAUGCGCCUUAUGCAUUUAAUGGAUAUGGACCUGUUAUCUAUAGUAACUCACCUGUACCUGCUUAUAGUCCGAACUAUAUGCCUGUUCCUGGCAGCGUUGCUCAUAAUAGACCCGAUACAGUUGCAACAGCAACUGCGGGCGUUUCAAGUGGGUGCACUGCAACGAUGAAUGCUUGCAAUUUUGGUUAG